CACACCCUCAAUUUCUAACCUGUCCAUAUCCGCUAGGUGUGGGAAAUCCUUCACUUGCUAAUGUCAGAUCAGAGCAACCCGUUCCAGAAGUGUUACAAGAAGUUGGACAGUGGACAUGCAUUUUAUGAUCUCAACGAGCUCCAUGAUGACCGAGUCAAGAAGCUGCCCUUUUCGAUCCGUAUCUUGUUGGAGUCCGCGGUGCGCAACUGUGACGAGUUUGAAGUGAAGUCAUCUGAUGUUGAGAACAUUCUCAAUUGGUCCGAGACCUCUAAGAAUCAAACCGAAAUUCCCUUCAAGCCCGCCCGAGUUAUUCUACAAGAUUUCACUGGAGUCCCAGCAGUGGUUGACUUCGCAGCCAUGCGCGACGCCAUGGCUCGUCUCGGUGGCGACUCGGCCAAGAUCAACCCGUUGGUACCGGUGGACUUGGUCAUUGAUCACUCUGUCAUGGUGGACUACUCCCGGUCUCCCGAGGCCCUCGAGAAGAAUCAAGGACUGGAAUUCCAGAGGAACGGCGAACGUUUUGCGUUCCUCAAAUGGGGUGCUGAGGCCUUCGACAACUUCAACAUCGUACCUCCUGGAUCCGGUAUUGUGCACCAAGUGAAUCUCGAGUACUUGGCUCGAGUAGUUAUGAACUCCACUGAGGAAGGAACUGUUCUCUAUCCUGAUUCCCUUGUUGGUACCGACUCUCAUACUACUAUGAUUGACGGUUUGGGUGUUGCCGGAUGGGGUGUUGGUGGUAUCGAAGCUGAAGCCGUCAUGCUAGGCCAACCUAUCUCUAUGGUCCUACCAGAAGUUGUUGGAUUCAAACUCACCGGUCGUCUCCCCGUUACUGCUACUGCUACCGAUCUGGUGCUGACCUGUACCAACAUGCUGAGGAAAAGAGGAGUGGUUGGCAAGUUCGUCGAAUUCCAUGGCUCUGGUUGUGCUACUCUGUCACUUGCUGACAGAGCGACGAUCGCCAACAUGGCUCCUGAGUACGGUGGAACCAUGGGAUUCUUUGGGGUCGAUCAGAAGUCUCUUGACUAUCUCGUUCGAACUGGUCGGCCUAGGGAAGCGGUUGAUGUCAUCGAGAAGUACCUCAGAGCUAAUGGUCUCUUCCAGGACUACUCGGAAGAGCGCGAGUAUUCUGGAGAGUUGAUGCAGUUGGAUCUCUCUACUGUGGUUCCGUGCGUGUCGGGUCCUAAGAGGCCUCAUGAUCGGGUCGCUGUUACCGAUCUGCCGAAGGACUUCAUCGAUGGUCUCAGCACUCCAGCAACUUCUUUCAAAGGCUUUGGUAUUCCCAAAGAGAAACAAGGUACCGUGAUGACCGUCAGCUUUCAUGGCAAGGACUACGAUUUAACUCACGGUUCUGUGGUUCUGGCAGCAAUUACGUCGUGCACUAACACUUCGAAUCCGGGCGUUAUGCUCGGCGCUGGUAUGUUAGCCAGGAACGCAGUGAAGAGAGGCCUCAAGGUUGCGCCCUACAUCAAGACUUCUCUGUCCCCUGGUUCGGGCGUGGUCGAUGCUUAUCUGAAGAAGGCUGAUCUCCUCACUGACCUCGAGCAGUUGGGUUUCUAUACUGCGGGUUUCGGUUGUAUGACGUGCAUUGGUAACUCCGGCGAUUUAGAUCCUGAAGUUACACGAGCCGUAACUGAUGGUGAUCUUGUCGUCGCCGCCGUAUUGUCGGGCAAUAGAAACUUCGAGGGUCGUGUGCACCCGUUGACAAGAGGUAACUAUCUUGCCUCUCCUCCUCUUGUUGUGGCCUAUGCUUUGGCUGGUCGGGUCACCAUCGACUUUGAGAAGGAGCCUGUGGGUACAGAUAGUCAGGGCACGCCAGUUUUCCUUCGUGACAUCUGGCCCUCUUCUGAAGAGGUGUCUGCUCUUGAGAGGAACUGCGUGUUGCCGGAGAUGUUCACUGAGAACUACAAGAAAGUCCUGCAUGCCAAUAAGAGGUGGAAUCAAUUGGCCGCACCGUCGGGGAAGUUGUUUGCAUGGGCGGAAGGUUCGACGUACAUUACGAAUCCUCCAUUUUUUCAGGCGACGGAGAUCAAUCCAGCUCCCAUCGAGUCUAUUGAGGGCGCUUACUGUCUGCUAAAUGUAGGGGACUCGGUCACAACUGAUCACAUAUCCCCAGCUGGCAAGAUCACGGCAAACUCGCCUGGUGGUCGUUAUCUUAUUGACCACGGCAUACAGCCUGUUGACUUCAACUCUUAUGGGUCUCGUCGUGGCAACUACUUGGUCAUGGCUCGUGGUACUUUCGCCAACAUACGCUUGAUAAAUAAGUUGAUGGAUGGUGAGGUUGGGCCGAAGACGGAGUAUGUGCCUACUGGUGAGAAGAUGUUUGUUUAUGAUGCGGCCGAGAAAUAUAUGAAGAAAGGACAUCCACUCAUUAUUCUCGCGGGUGCGGAGUAUGGCAGUGGAUCUAGUCGGGAUUGGGCUGCAAAAGGUCCAGCUCUGCAAGGGGUCAAGGCUGUUAUUGCUAAGAGUUACGAGAGAAUUCAUAGAUCAAAUCUAGUCGGAAUGGGAAUUCUACCACUUCAAUUCCCUCAAGGUGUCGACGCUGACUCGUUGGGAUUGGAUGGUCGUGAGCAGUUCUCCAUCGAUCUCAAGCGUGGUGAUCUAUCUGUUGGACAGAAAGUUACUGUGCGAUCUACGUCUCCUAAGACACCCUGUUUUGAUGUGAUUGUCCGACUGGAUACAGAAGUCGAGCUGACAUACUUCAAACACGGUGGCAUUCUCCAAUAUGUGCUCCGACGGCUCGCGGCGUGAAUUGGUCGGAGAGUGUUUUUCUCUCCCCACACGUUUUAAGUGGUUGCCGCCGUAGUGGGCUCGGACUGGCAUAUGUAGUGUGCAUGGUCAAGCGGGUUUUUAUGUUUCGAAUUUCUGUUGGCGAAAACGUCUUCAGUG